AUGAAGUUCAACAGCCUUCCUCUGCUAUCCUUGUUGUCGCAAUUGACCGCGGGCCAACUUAUUGGCCCUGUUGGUCCGACGACUCAUCUGAAAGAUAAAACAAUUGAAUGCAACAUUCUUGAUUAUGGCGCUGUUGCUGAUAACAAGACAGACAUAGCCACGGCGCUGGAGACUGUCUUUUCAGACUGUGUUCAAAAGCAUCCGGGUAGCCGCCUGGUUGUACCGGAGGGAGAAUAUUUGAUCGAGCGAGGUGUGACGCUCAGCAAUGGCACCAACUGGGCCUUCCAACUAGAUGGGCUUAUCACAGCUGCAUAUGGCGGUGACUGGAACAUUGAGCGUGAGUUGAUCCUCCAAGGGUUUGCAGGCACAGAGAUCCUCAACGCAACUAUCAAUGGCGAGGGUGAUUCUAAGUUCUUGCUAGAUGUCCUUGUUAUUGUGAAUGCCGUGGAUUUCGAAUUUUAUUCUUCCAAUGGCAAAGGCGCCUUUCAAGGACAGGGCUAUCUUUAUCGAAACCUCAACAAUACGGACCGUCCACGUUUGGUGCGUUUGAUUUCACCGACCAACGCCUCAGUCCAUGACUUGAUUCUAGUCGACAGCCCCAAGUUUCACAUUAUCCUCGACUUUGCCGUCAAUGUCGAGGCUUACCAUCUGACUAUCCGUGGAGCAAACUUGGGUAGCUAUGAUGGUAUUGAUGCCAUUGGAACAAACUAUUGGAUCCACGAUAAUGAGGUCACCAAUCGUGAUGAGUGUGUUUCGGUGAAAAGCCCCUCUCAUCAUGCUUUGGUCGAAAAUUUGGUUUGCAAUCAAGCAGGCUCGGGCAUAUCUAUUGGAAGUUUGAACGUAUCUGCCGAAAUAUCCAACAUUGAAGCACGGAAUAUCAGUAUUAUCCAAGGAAACAACGUUGCCUUUAUCAAAACAUAUCCUGGCGGGUCAGGAUACGUUACAAAUAUCACUUUUUCUAACUUCCGUUCUUUGGCAAGUCUGUACGGCUUGGAUAUCAACCAAUACUGGCAAAAUACCUUUGAGCCUGACACCGGUGCUGUUGCACUGAGUAACUUGGUUUUUAGAAAUUUCUCUGGUUCUGUCGCCGAUGGAGCAAAGCGCCCUCCUCUGUACCUCAUUGCGAAUGAUCUAACGUUUGCUACCAAUGUCACUGUUGAGGAUUUCACAAUUUGGACAGAAUCGGGUACUUCAGUUGUGAACAAAAUCAGCAACAUCUUUGGUGCUGGAGAUGACAGCUAUGGCUCAACUGAUGGUAUCAAGUCUCUAGGUGAAGGAGAGUCCCCCUCACCUUAUACCAGCACCUAUACUAUUACCGCAUCUCCGACAAAUUGGCAAGCCCCCACCACUCCUACGUGGGCUGUGCCUAGUACUGGCUAUGGAACGGCAUCCCCCAUUCCGGUGUACAGUCCAGCUCCUUUGUGGCGCCCAGGUGGUGUCGAUUAUGAUUUGCACUACUGGGGAAGCUUCUAA